UUUGCUUUUGCACUGCAUAUUCUAGGAACGAACGCUCCAAGCGGCCAACUCCGAGAUAGCGCGUGACCAGUCCUGCGUACGACUCUGGCCGAAGCGACAAUCUGAACAGUCAACAAACCAUUGAUCGACGAAAACAUGGCGGAUUCGGAUCUUGAGCAGAUCCGCAAGGCCCGCCUCGAACAGCUCAAGGCACAAGCCGGAGCAGGAAGCGGCGGCGGCGGCAGCGGAAGCCAACAACAACAAGCCGAGCAGAAGCAACAGCAGGAAGCCGAACAACGACAGUACAUCCUCAGCCAGAUCCUACACCCCGAGGCGGCCGACCGGCUGGGACGCAUCCGACUCGUCAAAGAGCAGCGCGCGACGGAGGUGGAGAAUAGGCUCAUCAUGCUGGCACAGACGGGCCAGCUGCGUCAGAAGGUCACCGAGGCGCAGCUCAAGGAGCUCCUGAAUGCGGUGGCGGAUACUAGGGAGGAGGAGAAGAUUGUGGUUAGCCGGCGCAAGGGAUGGGAUGAUGAUGACGAUUUA